AUGGACAAAAUGCAACAUACCUCUGACUCCAAGGCUGAGUUUCGCGAGCCUUCGGAGACGGAUACUAGUGUCGCUGCCCCUGGACGAGACUAUCUCGAAAAGGUUGAGACAGGUGGUCUGGCACCAUGGUCAACACAUAUUGCUGGCGAUGCAGCCAACCUCUCCCCAGGACAUCGCGAAUACCUUCUGAAGAGACAUGGCACAUUGGAGCUGGAUCCUAUGCCCGGCUUUGGUGAUGCUGAUCCGCUGAAUUGGGCGACCUGGAAGAAAACGAUCAACCUGUUGUUGGUCGCCUUCCAUGCUAUGAUGGGCACAUUCACGGCUGCAGCAAUCAUUCCCGCUUACUUCAACAUCCACCUCGACUUGGGCUGUAGUAUUCAGAGAGCCUCUUACCUCACAUCCUUACAGAUUGCAAUCCUGGGAGGAGCUCCUCUCUUUUGGAAACCUCUUUCUGUAAGAUACGGUCGUCGCCCGAUCUGGUUGAUUUCCACAAUCUGCAGUCUAGUCUGCAACAUCGGUUGUGCCUACAGUCAUAGCUACGCCAGCAUGGCCGCAUGCAGAGCCUUAGUCGCAUUCUUCAUCAGUCCUGCUGGAGCUAUUGGAAGUGGUGUCGUCGGUGAAACUUUCUUCAAGAGGGAGCGCGGAAAGUACAUGGGUAUCUGGACCUUGAUGGUUACCCUUGGUGUCCCAUUGGGAGGCUUCACCAUGGGUUUCGUUGCCAACAACAUCGGCUACCGUUGGAUUUACUACAUCCUCGCUAUCAUCAACGGUGUCCAAUUCAUCCUUUACAUUUUCUUCGGUCCCGAGACAAGAUACCUUCGCCAAGGUGUCGAGCACCGCGGAUCUGAUCUCAAGCAAGAAUACUGGAGCUUCAGACGCAUUGACCCUACACCACUCAGAGCCUGGGACUUCAUUCAACCUUUGAGCAUGGGUCGCCAUGCCACGGUCCUGAUUCCUGCUGCUGCAUACGCCAUGGUCUUCCUACUCACUUCAGUUCUCGUUACUGUCGAGAUUCCUCAGCUGUUCCAGGAAAAGUACCAUUUCAACGCUCAGCAGAUUGGUUACCAAUUUGCUAGUAUCAUCAUCGGUUCUGUUAUCGGCGAACAACUAGGAGGUGUCCUGUCCGAUUUCUGGAUGAGGCGCAAGACUCACAAGAUGCCUGCCGGCCACCGUCCGAUGCCUGAAUACCGUCUCUGGCUCUCGUAUUCCGGCUUCAUUCUUGGCAUUGUCGGCUACAUUGUCUUCCUCAUUCAAACCCAAGACACCGAAAAAUGGAACGUCACACCCCUCGUUGGUGCCGCCAUCGCUGCCGUCGGUAACCAGAUUGUCACCACUGUCCUCAUCACCUACGCUGUCGACUGUCAUCCAGAAGAAGCUGCCAGUGUCGGUGUCUUCAUCACCUUUGUUCGCCAGAUCUGGGGCUUCAUCGGCCCCUUCUGGUUCCCCCAGAUGUUUGAAAACAUUGGACUCAAGGCAAGUGCAGGUGUUGGUACUGCUUUGAUGGUUGGUGUGGGUAUCAUCCCUGUAGCCUACGUGCAGUGGAGGGGCCGCUCCAGAAAGACCAUUGACGACGAGUAA